GUUUCAGACUUUCAGUCUAUAAAUUCAUAGGUAUGAUGUUUCAUGGCAAAACAAAAACACCUUAGCUAAGAUGGAUAGGGUUCAUGUGAAUGGACAGAAUGUGAAUGAGCUUCUUCAAGAUCAAGCUCACGUUUGGAAUCACAUUUUCAACUUCAUAAAUUCAAUGUCCUUGAAAUGUGCUGUUGAUUUAGGUAUCCCAGAUAUCAUUCACAACCAUGGCAAGCCCAUGUCUGUCACCGAGUUGGUCGCUGCACUACCGACUCUCCACCCAACGAAGGCAUGCAACAUGUACCGGCUCAUGCGUAUUUUAGUUCAGUCGGGCUUUUUUGCCCGACAAAAGCUAAGCGAUGAAUCCCAAGAAGAUGGUUACGUUCUUACCAGUGCCUCUCGUUUCCUACUCAAAGAUGAUCCCUUAAGCUUAGCGCCUCUUGUGGAAUUUCUGCUGGAUCCUAUGUUAACAAAGCCUUGGGAUUUUCUUUCCAUUUGGUUUCAAAAUAAUGAUCGUACCCCAUUUAACACCGCACAUGGGAAGGAAUUCUGGGAACACGAUUUCUGUGGCACAAAGCUCAUCGAUCUUCUUAAUAAAGGCAUGGCUAGCGAUUCUAAGUUGGUUAUUAGUGUUUUGAUUGAUAAGUGUAAGGGCCUAUUUGAGGGAUUGAAUUCAUUGGUGGAUGUUGGAGGUAACACAGGAACAGUGGGCAAGGCAAUUGCUGAUGCAUUUCCACACUUGGACUGCACUGUGUUUGAUCGUCCUCAAAUCGUUGAUGACCUACAAGAUACUGGGAACUUGAAAUAUGUUGGAGGCAACAUGUUUGAGCAAGUUCCAGCUGCAGAUGCUGUUUUACUAAAGUGGGUAUUGCAGGAUUGGAAUGACGAUGAAUGCUUGAAGAUUUUGAAGCAAUGUAAAAUAGCUAUUUCCAGUGGAAAAGAAGGAGGGAAGGUGAUUAUAAUAGACGUAGUAUUGAAGAAUGAGAAAGUGAAUGAUGAAGCUUUUGACUUGAUCGAAACACAGCUCCUAUAUGAUAUGGCGGCGAUGGUGGUGGUCGGCGGGAAAGAGAGAGAGGAGGAGGAAUGGGCUAAGUUGUUUUUGUCUGCAGGUUUUAGUGGCUAUAAAAUUUCUCCUAUUCUGGGUAUGAGAUCUAUCAUUGAGGUCUUCCCCUAAAUAAAAGUUGUAACUC